GCUGCGCAGGCGCAAUUGUGUGUCCGGCCCCGGGCUGGGUGCGCAUGUGCAGUAGGGAUCCCCCCGGCGCUUAGCGCUAGCGGAUGAGACGGAACGUGAGGGGCUGGUGGCGAUGGAAUUUGCUUCGGGAGACACGUCGCUGACCGGCGGUUGCCAUUAGGAAAGUGGCUUCGCGAACCAGACGGGUGGUCUGAUAUUUGUCUUUUCGCUGUGUAAACGGAGAGCAUAAGGCGAGAGGCCGGAGUCCGGGACCACAGGCACCAACCGCCGCCGCCGCUGCUGCUGUUGUUGUUGUUAUAGCCGAGCUCCUGGGCAGGAGGCCCCGGCCUUGUCGCUGGCGAGACCGUUGCUACAGGCCCUGCCUGCCUGGAGAAUGGGAAUCAUCUUCACCAAACUCUGGAGACUCUUCAACCACCAAGAACAUAAAGUAAUUAUUGUUGGGUUGGAUAAUGCUGGGAAGACAACAAUUCUUUAUCAGUUUUCCAUGAAUGAAGUUGUACAUACAUCACCUACAAUAGGCAGCAACGUAGAAGAGAUAGUGGUGAAUAAUACACAUUUCCUCAUGUGGGAUAUCGGAGGUCAGGAGUCAUUGCGUUCAUCGUGGAAUACCUAUUAUACUAAUACAGAGUUUGUAAUCGUGGUUGUAGACAGUAUGGACAGGGAGAGGAUAGCAAUAACCAGAGAUGAGCUUUACAAAAUGUUGGCGCACGAGGAUUUGAAGAAAGCAGGACUGCUGAUCUUUGCCAACAAACAAGAUGUUAAAGAAUGCAUGACUGUAGCUGAAAUUUCUCAAUACCUUAAAUUGACCUCAAUUAAAGACCAUCAAUGGCAUAUUCAAGCUUGUUGUGCUCUAACAGGAGAAGGGUUAUGUCAGGGAUUAGAAUGGAUGACAUCAAGACUUAAAGUCAGAUGACCUCCAUGGAUGAGGAUGCAUGGACCAUUAAUUUCUAAACUGUAUAUUUCUUCCAGCGCUAACAGCUCCAUGCUUGCUGGAUUUAUUGGUAUUUAUUUUUUCGACUGAAUAAAGUUUACUACUUUCACACUUGUUUCAAGUACAAGUUUGGAAAGACUUUCCUUAAGGAUCAAGAUUGAGUUCAAGACUCCAAAUUCAAUUGAUCAUUUGUAGCUUUUCUUUUAAAGAUGGCUGUGAUUAAUUGACACAUUUUUUUGGAACCAGCACAUUCUGCUCAGGGUAGAGUUUUAUAAUAUUUGGUAAGUAUUCGGAGGGGAAGAAGUAAAUUUGUAUUUCAACAUCAUCAUAUUAAUUGCCAUUUACUUUGUUAAAUAAAAGAAACUAUGAUCUCAAUGGAACACUGUUAUAAUGUUCACAGCUGGAAUCAGCAAGUUCUGGCUAAGCUACCUGUUGCUGUUUUGAUUUGGUUAUGAAUGACAUUGCUAUGCUGUGAAGAAACUCAAAUAUUAUAGCCAUUUUUGUUGUUUAAGUGAACAACAAGCAGAAUGUUUUAUAUAAUUUUCACUAAACUACAUAGGAAUGCUUUGGAAAUGAAUUGCAUGAUGUAAGAAAGAUUAAUACUAAAGCCACUAAAAAUAUUAUCAAUGUUUAACUGAGAAAAAGGUGUACAAGUAAUUUGGUUUUAAAUCCUCUUCUUGAUUAUUUACCUAAACACUACUUCACAUAUUAGUGCAAUUAUCAUAGAGAAUUUGGCAAAUUUUUAAUACUUUUGCAUACCUUCAUACUGAAUAUGACAGUUUAGCACAAUGAAACUUUGAUCCUGCAAAAUUUGAAAAUGCACUUCGGACUUGGUGAUCUUGUUCUGUACUUUCUUCAAAGUGAAGAUGUGCUUUUAGAUUUUGAAAUCAAAUUUUUCUUUUAAUAAAAUCGGAUUUGAAACUUGAGGAUAUCUGAACAAUAUUGAAACUGUCAAAGGUGGGAUGAAAGUUAGUGUAAUGUUUUAACCUGCUUUCUUAUAGCUUUAUUUGAAUUCCCAGCAGAAGUUAUUUUCUUGUAAUUUAAAAACACUUGGCAAUUUUGUGGUACCAGGUUGAUUGGAAUUGGUAUAGAGAAUAUCCCUCGGGUCCCAAUUAUAAUCUGAUAGAUCUUUUUUUAAAGUUGUAUCAAGCUAGUACAUAGCAACUAGGUAUGAAAUCAAGACUUGAAAUUCACUGCUUUUAGCAUUUGUGGCCAAUAUAACUUUGCACAGAAUCUUCUUUCAGGGCUUUGAAUUGUGUGGAAGGCUGAGAUGCUAAAUUAUGUGUAGUACUGAAAGAUGUCAGUGACAAAGUGGAAAGAUCAAUCCCAAAUGCCUGAACCCAGAAGUUUUGUGUUCUGUUUUGGCCUGGGUAGUGGGAUGUUGUUAUGAUACAUAGUUAUUGAAUAGGAAAUCUUGUAUUAAACUCUAAAUGGAAAUGUUGUUUCUAAUAUAUACAUAUAUUUGUAUGUGGCGAUUCUCCUGACUGAUAUGGGCAGAUCUAUUUUUCUGAUCUGUAACUAGCAUCCAAAUUGCAAUGUUGCGUAUUUACUAUAUUAUUUAAAAAAAAAAACUUGUGCAUAUCUUCAAAUUUCAGCACUAGAAGGAACAAGCACAUUUUAAAGCAAAUGCUUGUACUACAGGCUUAUUUAUUCUUCUCUCAAGUGUUCAAUGCACAUUUUAUUAGAUGAAAAAUCUCCAGAUUGGUAAGAAGACAUUAAAUGUAAAAUGAUCAGCCUUUCUUUGGUACCAGUACAUUACUGAUAAUGGUUUAUGGGAUAACUAUUCCAAUUCACAGGGCGAGACUGAUUUUUAUUUUUUUUUCUACAAUUAUUUGUGAAACCAGUGAUGUAUAUUGUGAAUCUGACUUCGUGAAAGCAAUCAAUAUGAUGAGUAAAAUUAGAUUUCACCAA